AUUUUAACAACCCUUUGGGAAUAUGUCUGCCAAAAGAAGUACACUUGGUGCAUCACUGGGCCAAAAGUCUCAUAAUGUUAGAAAAGUCAGUAUUGACCACUUUGACCUGAGACAUUGACAGAAUAAUCAAGAGAAUUGUUACUUGAAGCCCUCAGUUGAGAGCGAGCUAGUUACAAGAAUGAAAAAGAGGCUGAAAUCUAUCGAAAACAAACUCAAGAUUGUACAAAACCAUAAAUUUCACGAUCAGAAAGACCCUAAACCUCUUACAGACAAAGAUCUGAAUAUCACAAUUGAAGGUGAUGGGAUUCAAAACUUAUCCUCCAUUAAAGGCGACACAACGACCAUCCCUGUGAACUACAGAGAGUACCUGAAUCAAAGAGUUGAACAGAAAAAUGGUCACCUUCUGCAUGAUUCAAAGUCGGAAACGCUUGAUCUCUCGUCACUUAACGAGAGGGAGAAGGGCUCUAACUGUCCAAAUAACAUCUUUUUCCAGAGCUGUACCGAUAAUACUGGUCUAACUGAAUCAAACAUCGAGCCUUGCCCCGUCACUCAGAGACCCCAGAAACAGCUACCAAAACCGGAAAUAAGCCUUGCUGAACAUUUUAACAGCUUUGAGCCGGAUUUGAACCUCAAACAUAGCAAAAGAAGUCUGAAAAAGAAGCUGAAACCGUCUAAUUUUGAGUAUCUGUCAAGACUAAAGAAAUAAGUUCAUCAAACCAACGAGGAAUACUCCCCUAAAGAUAGACACAAAGCAGUCAAAGGUAAAGAAAGCAACAGCAAGUAGCUCUAUGUGGCAGGCUAAGCUCACUAGUCUAAAAUCGAGAGAAGCCAAGCUUGUUCGGAAAAUGAAAACCUCCCAAAGAGUUCAUAGUAUAAAUAAUCUCAAGCAACUCAGGUCAGAUGGAAGAAGGUCUGCAUCAAAAGAGCAUGAAAACUAUAAGAAAAGCAUUCACCAUCAAGCAUUCAAAUAGCUGUUUAAAGAAAUUGGAGAUUCAAAAUAGACCAAAUUCAACCUGUAAACCUCGCAAAAAUUCUAUUCAAAAACUAGGAAACUCCUCCCAUUGCAAUAAACCCUCAAAAACUCAUAGAAGAAAAGCUUCAGCUCCUUAUCUUGCUAAACUCCAUCCAUCCUUCAUUCUGACAGCCAAAAUCAACCUUCAAGAUACAGAAGAAACCCCAAGACUAGGAAUAGAUCAGGAUGAUUUCAAUCAAAAGUACCUCAGUCCAAAUAUGCUCUAAAAAGACACCGUCUCUGCCACCUCAACAGCCAAAUCUCUUAAUCUAUAGUCAACAGUU